AUGCAGAGUUUGGAGGACAGACGGGUGAUGCAUAUCUCUUAUAUUAAUAUGGAACAGGAAGAUGAUGUAGGACACCAACACCUGCGUAAAAAUGCCCUGAAUGAGCAGAAUGAAAUUCUUCGUCUUCCAAAUAUCCAGUCGUUAGUGAACAACUCUCACGUGGAUAAUAAUCAUUUGCAAAAGGAGUUCUUCUCUCUUAAGAUCAGGAACUGCACUCUGUUUAAAGCUGUCCCAUUGCCUCAUAUUGGCAAAAAAAGGCCACCGCGCUUGAGUGAUGCGGCGAAUGGAGCUGCAUCUUCCAAGGAAUCGCUAGGUCCACUUUUUUCUCCUGAAAAAGAUAUAUUUGAAAAGCUCUUUAAACACUUUGAUAGCACUGCAGUGACAGGCUGGCUGGAGAAGGCACGCAACUUCAUUAGUGACAUGGGCACGUGGAGUUGUUGUGGAGAUAACUUUGUACGCUUUGCACAUUUCUGGCUGUCUGAACUCCAGUACAACCACAAAGAGCAACUGUUAGAACUGGAAAUGGGAGUUAUUGAGGAUGAAGUACGCCUUGCUUUUGAGGGGUCAGGCUCCAAGGAGUUCCAGCCAUCGGAUUUGAAUUCCAUUCUUGCAGCUGCGCUGAGUGAAUAUCCCAUCGGACUUGUGAAUGACCAGAACCCAUAUGUUUUUCUUGACUAUUUAAACCUUAUGUCUUCAGCGGACACAUCUGAAUAUAAGGAAAUGCUUUCAGCUAUACAGUACACAACCAAGAACCCUCAGAUAGCUCAGUGGUUGCUAGCUAUACGAGCAUUUGCACUUGCAAAUCUCUGGCAUGCAAUAGUGAAGGUAAAAAUGCAAUAGUUUUGAAAUGCUAGUGCCAGUUUGUUGCAAUGUUCCUUGUAAAGUACUUUUAAGAUCUGUCAGUGGCCAAGAGAGAUAAUAACAAGAAGUGUUGUAGUAAUAACUUUUAGGCAACCAACAUAAAAAAAAGCUUUAGAGAGUUAGUGAGCUGUCAUACCUUUUAUUAUGAUGUAUGUUGAUGGAGAAGAUUUCAAUAUUUUCAGGCCUGUUGAGUAAAAUGUGUAGAACUGGCUGAUAACAGGCAUUAAGGACCCCAUCCCGUUAUUUCUUCUGAAUUAGUAUAUAAAUAUUACAAGGACAGGGUUGUAUCCAAUACUAGUCCUAUUGCAAUUAGACCUAUUGAAAUUAAUGGACAUGCAUAAUUUAGGUUUAUUAAUUUCACUGUACAGUGGUGCCUCGCAAGACGAAAUUAAUUCGUUCCGCAAGUUUUUUCUUCUUGCGAGUUUUUCGUCUUGCGAUGCACGGUUUCCCAUAGGAAUGCAUUGAAAAUCAAUUAAUGCGUUCCUAGGAAACCGACUUCAGACCAGGUCCGGGGACAGUCUGUCCCCCGACCUCUUCUGAAGGCUGGGGGGGACAAGGGCUUUCUUCCCACCCACCCCAGCAUUUAAAAACCCGGGACAGCGGAGGGCUUCUCCGCUGUCCGGGGCGAUCUUAAAAUGCUGGCGGGCGGCAUUUUAAAAUUGCCCGGGACAGCGGAGGACUUCUCCGCUGUCCGGGGCAAUUUAAAGCCCCUGGGAAGGCAGGCAGGGGGACAAAGACUUUUGCCCCCCGCCAGCCUUCAGAAGAGGUCCUGGACCUCUUCUGAAGGCUGGCGGGGCGAAGUCUUGUCCCCCCCACCUGCCUUCAAAAGCUGUCCAGCCAAGGCUUCGCGGACCUCUCCGCAAGCAGCGGCAGCACUGCCGCUGCUUGCGGAGAGUUGCCGGCAUGCCGAAGCCUGCGCGCGCUGAGAUCAGCGCGCCCAGGCUUCGCGGACCUCUCCGCGAGCAGCGGCAGCGCUGCCGCUGCUUGCGGAGAGUUGCCGGCAUGCCGGAGCCUGCGCGCGCUGAGAUCAGCGCGCCCAGGCUCGCGGACCUCUCCGCGAGCAGCGGCAGCGCUGCCGCUGCUUGCGGAGAGUUGCCGGCAUGCCGAAGCCUGCGCGCGCUGAGAUCAGCGCGCCCAGGCUCCGCGGACCUCUCCGCGAGCAGCGGCAGCGCUGCCGCUGCUUGCGGAGAGUUGCCGGCAUGCCGAAGCCUGCGCGCGCUGAGAUCAGCGCGCCCAGGCUCCGCGGACCUCUCCGCGAGCAGCGGCAGCGCUGCCGCUGCUUGCGGAGAGUUGCCGGCAUGCCGAAGCCUGCGCGCGCUGAGAUCAGCGCGCCCAGGCUUCGCGGACCUCUCCGCGAGCAGCGGCAGCGCUGCCGCUGCUCGCGGAGAGUUGCCGGCAUGCCGAGCCUGCGCGCGCUGAGAUCAGCGCGCCCAGGCUUCGCGGACCUCUCCGCGAGCAGCGGCAGCGCUGCCGCUGCUCGCGGAGAGUUGCCGGCAUGCCGAGCCUGCGCGCGCUGAGAUCAGCGCGCCCAGGCUCGCGGACCUCUCCGCGAGCAGCGGCAGCGCUGCCGCUGCUCGCGGAGAGUUGCCGGCAUGCCGAGCCUGCGCGCGCUGAGAUCAGCGCGCCCAGGCUCCGCGGACCUCUCCGCGAGCAGCGGCAGCGCUGCCGCUGCGCGCGGAGAGUUGCCGGCAAGCCGAAGCCUGCGCGCGCUGAGAUCAGCGCGCCCAGGCUUCGCGGACCUCUCCGCGAGCAGCGGCAGCGCUGCCGCUGCUCGCGGAGAGUUGCCGGCAUGCCGAAGCCUGCGCGCGCUGAGAUCAGCGCGCCCAGGCUUCGCGGACCUCUCCGCGAGCAGCGGCAGCGCUGCCGCUGCUCGCGGAGAGUUGCCGGCAUGCCGAAGCCUGCGCGCGCUGAGAUCAGCGCGCCCAGGCUUCGCGGACCUCUCCGCGAGCAGCGGCAGCGCUGCCGCUGCUCGCGGAGAGUUGCCGGCAUGCCGAAGCCUGCGCGCGCUGAGAUCAGCGCGCCCAGGCUUCGCGGACCUCUCCGCGAGCAGCGGCAGCGCUGCCGCUGCUCGCGGAGAGUUGCCGGCAUGCCGAAGCCUGCGCGCGCUGAGAUCAGCGCGCCCAGGCUCGCGGACCUCUCCGCGAGCAGCGGCAGCGCUGCCGCUGCUCGCGGAGAGUUGCCGGCAUGCCGAAGCCUGCGCGCGCUGAGAUCAGCGCGCCCAGGCUUCGCGGACCUCUCCGCAAGCAGCGGCAGCGCUGCCGCUGCUCGCGGAGAGUUGCCGGCAUGCCGAAGCCUGCGCGCGCUGAGAUCAGCGCGCCCAGGCUUCGCGGACCUCUCCUGCCUUCAAAAGCCGUCCGGGAUAGCGGGAAGCGCUUCCCGGCUAUCCCGGACGGCUGUUAAAAUGCUGGAGGUGGGGAGCAAAGCCUUCGGCCCCCGCCAGCCUUCCUGGACCUCUUCUGAAGGCCGGAGGGGGGGGGAAGGCUUUGCUCCCCACCGCUAGCAUUUAAAAGAGGUCCCCGGAGAUUUCCCUAUGGGCUUUCGUCUUGCGAAGCAAGCCCAUAGGAAAUUGCUUUAUGAGCGCCUCCAAAACGGAAAACCCUUUCGUCUAGCGGGUUUUCCGUCUUGCGAGGCGUUCGUCUUGCGGGGCACCACUGUAUCUAUUUGGAAUAUAACUUAGUUGGAUACAACCUGCCGUGUCUGAACUUUGCACCCCUUUGGGCUGUUUCAAAUGUAUUAUGGUGACAAACCUAUAUUUUUCAUUGCAUCUACACUCGUCACGAACAACCCCAACUUUCUGCCUUGUGCAUGAUAGUUGAAUGCAAGUAUUGUGAGUGUACAUUACUUUUUUAAACAUAAUCCGUUAAGCGCUUCUGUUGGGCCUUCCUAAAUCCACUUGCCCUUGUUCACGCUAUGAGAUAGUUCAAUUGUAAUGCCAAAAUUGCCACCAUCUGACAGAUGCAUGAUUUGCAAGUGGCCACUGAGCCAGGAUCUGAAACUGUGGCUUGAACUGUUUUGCAAACAGCAGUUUGGUCAAGCUGGUUUGGCAUUCCACCCCAACAAAAAUCACCAUUGCGUCUGCUCUUGGAAUCCGUUGUUUGAUAAUUCUCUGAAAAGACAGUGGCAGGGGGAAGCUGCAAAGCCCAUGUUUUCCCUGUUUGGCAUUUCAAUUGAACAAAUCCUACGAGAAGUCUCCCUACUGCAGCAACGUUAGUAAGGUUUUUUUAUUCUAAGCAUAUAUCUGAUACUGAACACAUGUGCUUCUUUUAAAAUAACUGGUUACUCUAGAGCUGUGAAAUUUAUCCGUAGGCAAUGAAUGUGUCUAGAAGUCAGCACAAAUGUCUCAUUAUUAAUCUCAGCUAUAUUCGUCUGGGGUGGAGUGUUGGCCAUGGUGCCUGCCAGCAGCCACUUAAAAAAUUGAACUUUGGCAAUGCAGAUAAGCAUCUUGCCUUGGCUACUAUUGGCAUGGGGGGGGGGGAGAAUGGGUGAGGCUGUCAGGGAUCCUUAGGGCUGGUUCCAUUGCUACUCAUGACAGUUGUUUAACUUGUUCCUAGGCAAAGGUCUUUAGCUGAACAUGGGCUAAGCAUGCUGUUAAACUGUGUUUAAAGGUGAUUGUACACCAGCCUCCCCCAACCUGGUACCUUUUAGAUGGUUUGGGCUACAACUCCCAUUGACCAUAGCCAUCAUGGGGAACGGGCAUGGAAGAUGGUAGUUCAAAACAAGGUGCAGGGGGAAGACUGGUGUUCAAUAUUGGGUAAAAAAUUGCCAUGGAUGCAAGCCUUCAUUCUAUUUAAUAAAAUAAUCAAGAGUUGGAAUGCUGUAGGAAUCUUGUGUCACGCUCUUCUUAUUUCUUUUAUUUUUCCUAAGAGGAAUAGCUUUGCUUAGUUUCUUACAGGAAGAACAAUAACCAAGUGUCAUGGGGCACCCUAAAUACUGACAUACAUUGCGGCAUAAUUUCUUGGGGAUCAGCGAUUUCAUAUCCGCAUUCUCCCUCUUUUUGUGCAUUUGAUGAAGUGGACUCUGGUCCAUGAAAACUUUUACCAUAUUAAAUCUGGUACUUCAAGAUCCUUUUGUGUGUGUGCAUUGCUACCAAAGUCAUGAAGACUUCUGUCUCCUUGCAGUUUUUUACUGAUUUUUGCGUGUACACACACAACCACAAAUCAGAAUGCUUGUAAUAAAAGCCUUAAUAUGAAAUUGUGGACUGUGAGGAAAGUCUUCCAUUUUAAAAAUGACAUUUUAAGCUAUUAAGAAAACAUGUUGGAUAGAUGACUUAGUAAUUUUCAGCUAGAUCUGUGAGGCAAUAUAUAUUACAGAUGUAUAGCCCUUAUGUCUUUUAACAGCAUUCAAUUUAUAGUUCUGUCCCUAACGGUUCAUUGCAGAAUUUUUAUCCUUAUGCCGAAUAUAGAGGAUAUUGUGUAUAUAAGCACCGCCAGUAAGGCUUCUUUUUUUCCUUACCCAUAAAGUACCAGUAGUUAUUCCAAACAAAUGCCAAAACCACUGCUUUGUCUGACUGUAUGUGAGUUUAAAAUAUUGGAUGACAUAAACUUGAUUUUUUUUAAAAAAAGAAAUCCAUAUCCAAAUGAGAACUAAAUGUGUUGCAAUAAAAAAACUCUUAUCCAGUGAGCAGAAUAUAGCUGCUCCCUUUAGGUGUUAGGCUCUUUGUGGGCUGCCAUAUGAUUGAAGCAUCUGAUUGGGUGGAGGAGUCAAUGGUGGUAUCCACCUAAACUGUUUUGCUGGCACUAUCAGCUCCCCUAACCUAUCAGAGCAGAUCUAUAGGGUGCAUCGGGAGAGGAGAGGGUGGGGAAGUUUCAUUGUGCAGCUAACACUUAUUGUACUAGUAGAAUAGCUGGCUCUCAUUUCAGGCCUUUUCCCAAUGUGUAGGAUGUUGGAGGAGCAGCCAGGCAUGGUGUCAGGGCACCAUGUUCCCCUGUAUUUGUUUGCUAGCCCUUCAUGUGGCCAGUGUGUGACGAGAGCUAAUCAAACCCUUGAAAGAUAGAGAACAUCCACCCACAAAGGACAGGCGUAUUCACCGGUGUUUAGUGGUAUGGUUAUGCUCUGCUUUCAGCAAUCAUCUUUUGUUUUAAACCUUUUUAAAUCUCCUUGAGCCAGAGCAGACAUAAUGUUUCCCAUCCCUGAACCAUGCUUAAAGGAUUAAAAAUGCACCAUAGGUUUAUUAGCUUCCUUUCUCACCAACCCUUUUGCCAUACUUCAUUGUUUUGCCAACAUUCAACAAUAAUGAGGAUUUGCUCCUGACGCUUUGGAUUUGAAGUCAUAGCUAGAAUCUGGUUUCACUUCUUGGAUUAGGACCAAAUCCUAGUUCGUGUUAACCAUGGCUAGCAUCCAUGUACAACAUCAAGCCAUGUUUAAGGGAUGAAAGUAAUGUAAUUGACUCAUUGUCUGGAGAUUACUUAUCUUUAACAGAAGUUUUGGCAUCUUUACUUUCUUUGCAUUUGGCUGGCUUCUUUCUGCAGUCUUGCAUCUCGCACUGGAACAUUAACAUAACUCAGGUGUGCAUUGGUUUUCUGUGCAUUUGUCAUGUUGAGGUGUGAGAAUAAGCCAGUGGAGCACUUACGUUUUAAGGCAUUUAUGAGGGCAGAAAGCAUAAAUCUUAACUGGAAAUCAUAGUUUCCAGUUUCUUGCUUCUUGUUUAGAUCAGAGCUGGGGAACAUUUGGUGCUCUGGGUGUUACAGGACUACAACUCCCAUCAUCCCUGAUCAUUGACCAUUCUGCCUGAGGCUGAUGGGAACUGGAAUCCAACUAGUUUCCUCAUUUAGAUGCUAUAGAUAUUUUAACUGUCAUUUAGUUACUGUGAAAUACAGUGGUACCUUGGUUUACGAACUUAAUCCGUUCCGGAAGUCUGUUCUUAAACCAAAGCAUUCUUAAACCAAAGUGUGCUUUCCCAUUGCAGCAGAAGACUCAAUUUACAAAUGGAACACACUCAAUAUGUUCUGCUUCCAAGGCAAAGUUCACAAACCAAAACACCUACUUCCGGGUUUGCAGCAUUCUUAAUCCAAGUUGUUCAUAAACUAAGCUGUUCUUAAACUGUAUCCCUGUAUGCUUUCUAUAGUGUGUUGAUCCCAUCGUCUAUUCUGUGUAGAAUGUUGGUUGGUUUUACUUCUACCCAUAGGAAUUGUUUGACAGCACUCCUGUUGAUACUCUCAUCAAGAGACAUAAUGGCGCAUUUAGGUUUCAUUUGGGGGAAAGAGAUUUCAGAGCCCUCUUAUUAUACAGUUCAAGAGGUGCCCCCCCCCAAAGCAGUGACUUUCAAGAGCACCUUUCCCCGCAUACCUCAUAAUAAUCAGAGACAUAGGUGCUUCUGAAAAAUUAUCACAAGUCGUCCAAAAUAUUUGAAAACUGAGGUAGUAAUUGAAGAAACCUUGCCCUCUCUGAAUGACACUUCUACUUAAAAGAGGCUGCAUGCAUUCACCUACCAAGUUGCAUUUUGCAAAAUAUCAGAAACCUUUGGGAGUAGAUAGACACAGAUGCAUCUUAAAGCUCUGUGUGUUUAAAAGCCACAGGUGGCUCUCACUAUUUUGCUGUAAAACAUCUCAUCAGUCCAAGCUGCAGUAAUCAUUAUGGCAUUAAUGAUACAGACUCAUAUCUGGGGGACGAUGCAACAAGUUCUGCGAGCCCAAGAAGACUUUGGGUUUGUGUUUCUUGAAUAGCAAUGCAUCGUGUCAAAGUUCUUUUUGAAAUGAAAGUUUCCAAGAGCCUGCUGGCCAUAGGGUUCUGCCUAAAAUAUGUGUAUCUGUGUGUAUGUUAGGUUUCUAGCAUCUCUCUUUAAAAUUUCCGAGUGAAUUUAGUGCACUUGUACUUUUAAUGAAAAUUGUUUACCUGCCUUGAAUUUUGACUUUUAAAAACCUGGAUGGUAGUUGAAACAUUCCAGCAGAACUAAAAGGAAAGUGGGUUUAGUGAAGUUACUAACAGUAUGAUCCACAGUUCUGUUAAGCUAAGAGAAUGUUCAGCCUGAUCGGCUGUUUAUCCCCUUCUGUGUACUCAGGCUUACUCUCAGCUAAGCACAGACAUGGGAAUAUGACUUUACCUUUUAUUUCAGAGGGACUAGCAGCUUAGUCCUAACCACAUUUGUUAUUCAGAUGUCCCAUGCAGUCUGAAGAGGCUUACUUAUCAAGUACAUACAUUUAGAAGUGAAGCCUACAUUGGCAAAGAUUUGAAUACAUCUCCUUAAUUAGGCUGUGGAUUGUAUUGUAACAACAUACUUGUAGAGUCUGCACUUUAUACUAGGGUGGGGUGGGGAGGAAUCUAUUUUUAAAGAAGUUUCUUGCACUACUAGAAUUAUUUAACUGACAAUGUAUUUAGCUGACAAUGAAGGCUUAUAUAAAAAUAAAAUGUUUUGUUCUUGAUGAGGGGGUGAGGAGUAAGGGGUGGGUAUAAAUCAAAGAAGGGCUUGUUUAAUAUCUAAUUAGGGUGUUCACCACUUUUACUGCAUGUGGCUUCUUGGUCCACUUUUGUGGAAAAAGAGACUUUAAAACUGAAGAUAGAGUUUGAUCUCCUAGAAAGCCGAGGCAGAUUUUGGAAUUAUUCUCUGUAAAUGCCCUUUUUAAGCUACGAGUUAAAACAUCAACUGCAUACUUGCACCUGAGUGAGUUUUGCCCUUUUGAAACAGGGGUUGUAGCAACGUGAAUGGUCCCUGAAUUGCUUUCUAAAUGUCCUUGAAGGUUUACUGUGAAAUAGCAAUAUAUCAUUAGAAGUCUGGGGGACGGGGAGGACUAAUGCCCACUCCGCAGAUUUACAUGCCUUAUUCAUGUGACAUAUCUUCUCUAGACAAGUUUAUAUUUCCUGAGUAUUGACAGAAUUGGAAUUAAAUUAUAAGAUUAUUCGCUAAAUGUCGUGCUUUUUAAAAUUCAGUUCUAUAAGGCAUUGGUCAAAACCCAGCUCUCUUCUGAACAACCUAUCAAGAGUUCUGUUUCUGCUACUAGAAAGCAAUCCAGCGAAGUGGUUAAAGAAAGGUAAGAUUACUCGCAUUUAGAAAGUGAAACUUUUUGAUAGCAUAUUUCCUGACUUAAUAUUGUGUUUAAACUAGAACUGAUGCAAAAGCUGCACUGCUUUGUGAAGUCAUUGGGCACCACCCACCAUGAUGUAUAAUUUUCCACUUGCCCAGCCGAGAUGGUUGCUGGUGGAUUGUGGCCAUUGUCUUAAAGUUAGGUUGUGCUUUAUAUAUAUAUAUAUAAGCUUAAACUGAAUAUGUGCCUGUACUAAAUUUUGUAUGCAACGCCAAAAAUCACAGCACAAUAAUGAUUCGUUGAUGUUUGUCAAUAGUCUUGCUUAUUAGUCUUUUUUUUAAUAACCACACAAGUAUGUAGAAAGGCUUUUUAGAAUGUAGUAUAUAAGUUGGUAAUGCUUAUAGAGGCUACAUAUCUAAUUCACAGUGAAGCCUUGCAUGACUGAAAUAUUUGCUGUACGUGACUGACCAAUACUCACUUGCUUCAUAGAAGAAACUAACAUAGCAUUGUAUGUUCUGUAGAGCAAAACCGUGUGUGUUCCUUUUUCUUCCUCCUCAAGGGUGCAACUUCUCAAAUCAGCAUCCUAUCUGCAACAUUAAUUAAUAUCAAUGGAAUUUGUGCAAGGACUGCAUUUAAAUGGAUUGAUGUUCUUCCUUCUUCAGCACAGCUUAGUCAAUUGCAUUUCUGGGUUUCCCCCUCUAUGCACAAUGGGGCACUGGGUGGGAUGCUAAAAUGUCAGGGUUUCAGAUCAGUCAGACAUGGGCAUAGUACCCAAAUGUGGGAGAGUUCUGCCAGGCCUCUGUCCGCCUAAUCCCUCGACAGAACUGCAGAUCUAAGCAGCAUGAAAGACAAAAUAGAUUUGCACCUCCAGUAUAUCUCUCCAAACCCCAUCAGUGCGCAUCUGUUAAAUGGGAGCACAAGAGGUGCACUUAGAUCACCCGUUUUCUCCACUGCCUCCUGGCACUGUCUGUAUGCAUAACAACAUAAGAACCUUGACGGGUUGCAUCAAAGGUUCACCCAUUCCUGCAUCCUGAGUCUUUCUGUGGGCAGCCUGGUGCUUCCCAGGCAUGACAAUGGCAGCGCUCUCCCACGGUUUCGCCCCAGCCACUGGCAUUUAGUGAAACACUGCCUGGGAGCAUGGGAGUUUUUAUGGCCUACUCUCUUUUCUUUAGUUUUGUCCAAUUCCCUUUUCAAAACCUCUAAACCUACCCUGAGGCCCGUUUCCAAAAUGCCUUGUGGCAGCAAGUCCUUUAAUUGCUACAAAAUAAAAAAAAUCCCUUCCAGCAGCACCCUAGAGACCAACUAAGUUUGUUAUUGAUAUGAGCUUUCGUGUGCAUGCACACUUCUUCAGAUACACUGAAAUUUAAUUGCUGUGCUUUGUGUGAAGUGUUUUCCCCAUGCCUUUGCACUGGGAUGGGGAAACGGGAAGCAGAGCUCCAUUGAGCAUUAUGGGAUUCCUCUGCACAUGCUGUGCCUGUGCACCACUGGAUUUCCUAUCAAGAAAAUGUUUAUAACUUCUGCUCACAGGUUUCUCUAGUAAUGGUUCUAGAUUUUGAUUUGGCAUGGACCACUGUUGAAGAGAUGCAGCAACUGUCUUGAUUUUUGCAUUUUAUUAAAACAAUAUCUUAAUGAAAGGGGGCUCAUGUACCACAUUCAAACUAUGUUUCAAAGAGAGUUGCAACCCAGGAGUGCAUUGGCAUCUGUACAAAUACUGUACACAAAUUUCAAGAAGCUGAUGGUGGGAUUGCAUCCUUGCACCACAGGAGGGAGAUAGAGGUCAAAUUCAACGUUAUUAAAAAUGUUGCAGCAUUUUUAAGUAUCUAUAUAUCACCUGCGAAUCUGCUGAAUUUUAAACUUUUCUCUCACUGUUGUCAUAGCAAUUAGCAUAAUAUAUCAAAGCUGAAAACCAUAUAUAUGCAUUGUGAUGGUUUUAAAGUCUGAACACGAAAUGCUGCUGGAUGGUUUUUACUGAGCUGCGUGGAAAAAGAGAAAUAAAAAGUUGUGGUCGAAAACCCAGAACCAAUUUGCUUUUCCUGUCUUUUCCCAGUCUUGUCGUUCUUCUGUCUGUCUCGGCAGGAAACAACACUGCUGUCAGCUAUCCUUUUCAAUCUGUCUUUCUGCUGUCACAUAAAGUUGAAAGGGCAGCUAUACUGACACUGUCCAAGGUCCAAAGAACCGCUUUGAGGCUUUUUACAAUCAAGCAGUAUGAAAUAAAUAAGUAGAUAAAUGAUGGAACAAGUUCUGUGGGGCCUUCUGCAAAUAGUUGUCUGUCCUUUACCUCUUGGCGAGGAGAGUUUCAAAAUCAGUUUGCAAUAGGUGGUGGCUGCAGUGAUGGUAGUCAGAAGUGCAGAGGGGAAAAAAUCAAAUACCACUCUGUGUGUGUUUCAUAGGGAGUUGCCAGCCAAGUAUUGUCUACUCUGACUGGCAGCUCUCCAGUCCUCAGAACCGCCUGGUACCUGAUCCUUUUCACUGGAUAUGCCAAGGAUUGAACUGGAAUCUUACCAGUCAAUCAUAGUAUUUCCUUUUUAAAAAAUAAAUAAACUGUAUAUUUUUAGUCCAGUGGCCAUGCAUCUUUGGAAAGGAAUGAACAGACUAAAAAACUUAACAAGGCACAUCGUGGACGUGGCAGGUAUAUAAGAGAAGAAAAAAAUAGCAUAAGUAUAGAUUUUAAUAUACUGAAAUAAAUAAAAGGCCCACAAAAGAGCAUUGACAUUUAAUUGUAAGAUGUAUUUUAAUAGAAAUUGUAUUUUAAUAUUUUGCUGGAAGCCGCCCAGAGUGGCUGGGGAAACCCUGCCAGAUGGGCUGGGUAUAAAUAAUAAAUAAUAAAUAAUAAUAAUAAUUAUUAUUAUUAUUUAUUAUUUAUUGUAAGGAAAAAAUUGAGUGGGGAGGGGAAUAGACACAUGAGUUAAAUCAUGGAUGAGGAAAAUAAAAAGGGGGCAUACUAAUUAAAGCUGCUUCCCGAUGAAUUCAUACCUUGCGGGGAGACUACAUUGAGAUGGGACGAUUAUUAAGGUCCAUCAUAAAGGCCUACCAAAUACAAGCAUAAUCCUCAGGCUCUGCUGGCUCUUGCUAUUCUGGUUUUUGAAACUGUUUUAAAUAUUUUUUUGAUCUUUUCCCCUCCACCCCAGAAGAACUGUUUUUCAUAUUGAAUUUUAAGUUGUUGUAACCUGCCCUGGGACUGUAUAGCAACAGGUUAUAAAUGAAAUCUAAUAAUAGUUAUAAAAUAUUGAAUGUGGUGGACCAAGGGGGAAAUAUGUCUGUGUAGAUUGCAGAAGCGACUCAGAGGUCAGUGCAGUGCAAACACACUGGGAGGAACACCUGAUUGGUACUGCCAAUGUGUUUGUACGGCACAGACCUCCCCACUCCCUUCCCCUCUUCCUGUCAGUAAGCAACAGCUGCCCACCUGCUGGAAAGCUGGCAUAGAUGCUCCACCCAACCCAGUGAGCUGCUUGUGGUAGAUUGAGAAUGCCCUCCCUCCCCUACAAAGCUAUUAUGAAUUUGCUUGAAAUGCAGCAAAAUUUCACGGGGGGAUAACAAAUCUAGUCUUGGUAUGAUUUGCUUUUAGUUUGAGGUUACCUUGCUCACUGAAGUUUUCAGAGGUCCAUAGAGUGAUAUAGAGCAUGUGCUUUUGCAUUAAUACCAAAUAAAUAUUUAAAGCACGUGCAAGGUCAUGGUAUUGAAAGUGCUACGAACAACACUACUGUGCAUUAGUUGCUUUUCCUUUGUGCAGGAGGCCAGUUCUAACAAAAUGCACUAGAGGGAGCUCAUGUAUGUGGUACUGGAACAUGUCUGGUCAACUGUUUUCUGUUGUAUUGCAAGCCUCUCCUCACACAUUCACACAUUAUGCAUUGGCAGAGGCCAGUGUCCCCAUACAUCUCAUGCUUCCUUAUGUAUUGUGCUCCCUUGCACAUUUAUGUGAAAAUCUUAUAUCCUGUUAGCCAAACGUACUCGCCCCCAGUUAGAAUCAUGCACAAAUAGUUAACUGUGCACUUCAAAAGAGAAAAGAAUGGCCGGUCAAUUGAACCAAAGUUAAGAAAUGCAUAAAUAAACUUCCAGAAACCCCACAUUUUAAUCUGUAUUUGAUGGGGGAUUAUGCUGAUGGGGACUGAUGGGAGCUGGAGUCCCACAACAUCCAUUGGGCAUCACAUUGGCUACUCCUAAUGUAGUACAAUGCUUCUGGCACCCAUUAUUCCUGACUUUGGGACUUGGUCAGCUGCACAAUAAUAUUGUCCUGGAAUGUCUUGUUGAAUAAGGCAGGUAAUAAAUCCGGUUUCCACCAUAUAAAUCUGUGUGACAGAAAGGAUGCAGGUAGAGCUGGAGUCAGGAGUUUGGUAUUGUUGUGUGUGUGUUUUUAAAACAAUUUUUUAAUUGAUUUUUAAACAAAUACAAAUGCAAUAACCAUUAAACAUUUAUCCAGCAGUACAGCUGAUGGUGUUCGUUUUAGGAUUUUGAUACGGUUGAGUUCUUGCCUGCCCAAUAGCAUCACAGGAAGUUAGGCUCUAAAAAUCAAAGUAGUUUUCAGCUGGCUGUCCCUAAGAAGCAUAUGUUUUUAUGCCAGACAGAAGCUUCACUGCUGCUGGUGAAGAGUCUAGCUGUGUGUAAGACUACUGAGGGAGGGAGAGAGAGAAGCAAAUGGAAACACCUCCUCUGAUCAGGGACCAGCUGAGAACCUGGAAGGCAUGGGUCGUUCCCCCCUUCCUAUGAAGCAGGUUGUUGCCUAUGGCGCCUCAUGCUGCAAUAAAUCAGUUUGUCUCUUUAGUGCCCCAGAUUUCUCAGCAUUGCUGCAACAGAUGUAUUGAAUCGCUCCCACCUUGUGACAUGCUGACGGUGAGGUUGCAUUGGAGUGGAAUUGCUGUCAGCAGCAGCUUUGGUUUCCUUUGAUGUACGGAUUCUCAUCUGCAAGUUAAAAGAAUCCACGGGUUCGUUGAUUUAUUCUCAGCCAUGGUUCAUAGGCAGAUAUUUUCAUCAGCCACCAACCAUUGCAAUUUGCUUAGAAAGUGCCAAUGUGUAUAAAUACACCUAUGCAUAUAAGAUUGCCAUACUAUAUUUAAAAUUAUACCAUUUAAAACUGGGAGAGCAUCCUCGUGGGCCUUAUUUUAAUAUCAGUCACUAGAAAUUAUGCCGUCCCAGGCUUCUUUGAUUUAGGCUCGCCCAUGGGUUAAAGAAACGCUCUGAAGAUGGCCUGUCCUUGUCAGAGAAGUUUUCAGCUUCUUUUGAUCUGACAGAGAUCAGGCUGUUUAGCCUCGAGCAAUUCACUGUGAUCUCAGUGUUUUUCGAAGUACUUCCAUCCACCUACUGAUUUUAUUUAAUUCUAGGCUAUUACCAAGCUAGCGUACUUGUGUGCCCCUUCAGGUCACUUGCUAUAACGUGCAUAGCCUUUAUUCUACGAUGCUCAGAAAUGACCAUAAUUAGAGCGGCCCUAGCGAUUUCUGUCCAGUACAGCUUGCAGACAUACACAGGCAUUCCUAGAUGUUGCUCAAUCCUCAAAUGCGUUUGCAUCCUGUCCCCUUGUGAAGAAGGAGCAGAUGCAUUGCUGAAGAAGAAUGCAGAGCCAGGUAGACAGGAGUUCUGUCAGCGUUCAGCCCUGCCCAGACCUUGAACCUCAGGUCUCUUCAGGGGCAGGACCUUCUAGCAGAUCUCACGCUUACCAGUGUGGAGGAGACAUCCAAUUGGAACAUCCCUGCCACAGCUUUGGAGGUCCCCAUACCAUUUGCCUGGGAUGCUGGCUGGUUCUUAGACACCCCCCCCCCAUCUUCCCUUGGAGCAGAGGUGGCAGCAAACCAGCCAUGCAGCUUCACAGCCGCUGGUGAAGUGACUAGCUGCAAGUCAGGCUUUGACCAGGCCCUGAGAGAAAGGGGCAGAUUGGGGCCUUGGUCUUAGUGGUUUCAUUGCUGAAGCAUUUGCUCUCCUUCAAGCUCUAGCCUUCCUGACCUUGGGGAAAGGGACUCCUACUCAUGCAGAAGCUUCUUCUUCUCUUUUGUGAUGAGAAUGUUCCAUGUAUGCAUAGGGAUGUUCCAUGUAUCAUUAUCAUUAUUAAUUUGUACCCCGCCCAUCUGACUGGGUUGCCCCAGACACUCUGGGCGGCUUCCAGCAUAUAUAAAAACAUAUUAAAACAUUAAACCUUAAAAAGCUUCACUAUAUAGGACUGCUUUCAGAUGUCUCCUAAAAUAUAUAUAAUUAUUCAUCUCCUUGACAUCUGAUGGGAGGGCAUUCCACAGGGUGGGCGCCACUACCGAAAAUGCCCUCUGCUUGGUUCCCUGUAACCUCACUUCUCGCAAUGCGGGAGCUGCCAGAAGGUCCUUGGUGCUGGAUCUCAGUGUCUGGGCUGAACGAUGGGGUUGGAGACGCUCCUUCAGGUAUACUGGGCCCGAGGCCAUUUAGGGCUUUAAAGGUCAGCACUAACACUUUGAAUUGUGCUCGGAAACUUACUGGGAGCCAAUGUAGGUCUUUCAGGACCGGUGUUCUAUGGUCCCGGCGGCCACUCCCAAUCACCAGUCUAGCUGGCGCAUUCUGGAUUAGUUGUAGUUUCCAAGUCACCUUCAAAGGUAGCCCCAUGUAAGUGCGCAUUGCAGUAGUCCAAGCUAGAGAUAACCAGCGCAUGUACCACUCUGGUGAGACAAUGCACAGGUAGGUAGGGUCUCAGCUGGUGUACCCGGUGGAACUGGUAGACAGCUGCCCUGAACACAAGUAUGCAGGAGGAGUUUCUCCUGUAGAUGGAAAACUAUAUGAGAGAAUGAUAAUACUGUGGGUGCUGUGUGAGAACAUGCAGACACACAUGCUGAGAUUGCUGUGUAACCAAAAAAUUAUAUAUAUGGGAGUUGUAAUGUAACAGCAUCUCAAGGGACACAGGUUCCCUUCCCCUGAACUAGACAAAUUGCUUUUUCAAGUCUUGUCUAUAAAUAGCUAGUCAUUGAUUUGGAAACAGUAUACUUGCUUAUAGUUUUAUUCAAAUGAAGGAGGAUGUUGGGUCUUGCUGCUUUCUUUGCCUUGGUUCCACCUAUUCUCCAGCAGCAGUAUGAAUCCUGCUGUCCUGUAACAGGCUUUUGAAUUGAAUUCAUUCUGUAUAUUGAUGAAGAGCGUGAGAAGAUCCUGCUGGAUCAGGCCAAUGGCCCAACUAGUCCGGCAUCCCAAUGGCCAACCAGAUGCUUAUGGGAAACUUGAAAGCUGGACCUGAGCACAACAGCACUCCCCACUCCUGUGAUUCCUAGCAAAUGUAAUUCAGAGACAAAAUUGCUCUGACAGUGGACAUAGAACCUAGCCAUCGUACAUACACCAUCAAAUUGAAAGAGACAAUACAGUGUAACUGUAAAUUAUUUCCUAAUUGUUGUUGUUUAGUCGUUUAGUUGUGUCCGACUCUUCGUGACCCCAUGGACCAGAGCAUGCCAGGCACUCCUGUCUUCCACUGCCUCCCGCAGUUUGGUCAGACUCAUGCUGGUAGCUUCGAGAACACUGUCCAACCAUCUUGUCCUCUGUUGUUCCCUUCUCCUUGUGCCCUCCAUCUUUCCCAACAUCAGGGUCUUUUCCAGGGAGUCUUCUCUUCUCAUGAGGUGGCCAAAGUAUUGGAGCCUCAGCUUCACGAUCUGUCCUUCCAGUGACCACUCAGGGCUGAUUUCCUUCAGAAUGGAUAGGUUUGUUCUUCUUGCAGUCCAUGGGACUCUCAAGAGUCUCCUCCAGCACCAUAAUUCAAAAGCAUCAAUUCUUCGGCGAUCAGCCUUCUUUAUGGUCCAGCUCUCACUUCCAUACAUCACUACUGGGAAAACCAUGGCUUUAACUAUACGGACCUUUGUUGGCAAGGUGAUGUCAGUGGGACUUGCUUCAUAGGUUAGGGGUGGCUAGCCUGUGACCCACAAGAUGCCCUUGGAUUUGGCUCCCAUCAUCCCUUACCAUUGGCUAUGCUGGCUGAAGUGAUGGGAGCUGGAACUCAAUGACGUAUGAGCAACCACAGGUUCCCCAUCCUUGAUCUAGGUGAUGUGGGUGAGAUGACUGGAUCUGAAGCCCGACUGUCCCUAGGGCUUUAUGAAUGAAAUUGGUUUGGAGCACUCCCCCUCAAGAGGUUAUUUUCUGAUCUUCUUUGAUCAUGUCUUCAGAUAUACGUAGAAACCUUUGGGCAAGGUGCAGAAAGCAACUUCGUGUUUACCCAAAGGGCAUAUAUAUAUACCCUGUUGGUUCACUGCCAUCACCUCUACUUGGGACAUUGAACUCCCGUCUCCUAUUGCAAACUGCUGUUGAAACUCUCCAAAGGGAGGCUGGCUUAGGAGGGGAAAUACCAAAUUAAAUGCAUAGUUCUUUGGAGUCUGGCUGUUGAUCGGACAUAACAGUGGCCAAUCAGUUUGCAUGGAAUGUAAAUAAUUGAAAUAGUUUUGCUUUUCUGUCUUCUUUUCCAAGCAGUGUUAACUGUUAACAUAUUUGCUUUUUCCCCUCCUCAGAGCUUUACAGACUGUUCAGUUGGGAUAUGCAGAUGUCUUGGAUUACCUUGUUAGAAGCCAGAAGCUUGAUCUCAGUGUUGCUGAUGAAAAGAACAGAAAUCUAAUAUUUUUAGCCACUAUAUAUGAUCAGUCAAAGAUCUUGGAUUAUUUCCUUGAAAUGGUCAGUCACUCAGAAGAUUCACAUUUACAUUUAUUUUUUAGGUUUUUGAAACUCUUAUUAUAAAGCAGGAGGUGUGGAAGAUGUUACGCCUGCAGACCUAUGCACAUUUACAUGGGAGUAAGCCAUGUGGGAGAGAAUUACAUUUACUUCUGAGUAAGCUUGUCUAGGAUUGCACUGUAAAUUGCUAUUUAGGUGUAACUUUGAUUCUGAUAUGCACUCUCAUUCCCUUAGAUUUAAAAAAAUUCGGAUUCAUUUUUUAUGAUAACGUGAAUUUGCAAACAUGUCACAUUUACACUUUAGAUGUUUUGCCAUCUACCGUAUUUUUUGCUCUAUAAGACUCACUUUUUCCCUCCUAAAAAGUAAGGGGAAAUAUGUGUGCAUCUUAUGGAGCGAAUGCAGGCUGCACAGCUAUCCCAGAAGCCAGAACAGCAAGUGGGAUUGCUGCUUUCACUGCGUAGCGAUCCCUCUUGCUGUUCUGGCUUCUGAGAUUCAGAAUAUUUUUUUCUUGUUUUCCUCCUCCAAAAACUAGGUGCGUCUUGUGGUCUGGUGCAUCUUAUAGAGCGAAAAAUACGGUGCUUAAAGCAGGCGUGGGGAACAUUUGGCCCUCCAGAUGUUGCUGAGUGACAUCUCCUAGCAUCCCAGGCCACUGGCCAUAUAUGCUGGGGCUGAUGAGAGUUGUUCUUCAGCAACAUCUGGAGGACCAAAGAAUCCCCAUAUCCAACCUAAAAUGUCUUUGGUACACAUCUGAAACUACAAUGUGUGAAGCAACCUUCAGCGGUGUGAGGCUGAGUUAAAUGACUGCUUCUGAAAACUGCACAGCUGUUGAUCCAUUAUCCCCCAAGGGUAAUGUGCAGGCUUAUGGAGUGGUGAUUGUUCAAAUUCCACAUGGUGUUGCAAUUGUCUUUUUGCAGAAGCAAGCUGGUGUCAACUUUAUUAGUUCAGGGAAACGUUUGAAUUGAUGCCUGCCUCCCAAACUCAGUAGCAUCUCUCGGAAAUUGUUUUCCUUGGAAGCGUGAAUUACAGGGAGAUGAGCUCCUCAAUAAGCUCAGAAGUAAUUUACAGUGAAUUCCUCGGCUUAUCCACUCAGAAGUAAGUUCCACAGAGUUCAGUGGGACUUAUUUCUAGGCAAGAUUAGCACAGAACAGAAAAAGGCCAGUGUUGCAAUCGGAAUUCUUAUAAAAGAGUUUAUAAGACACCAGACUUACAAUGGAUGCCGUAAGUAUUGAGAGGCUCUGCGGAGGUACUGUUUCUUCUUAACACCCAAGAGGUCCUCAUCUUGAUCAAGAGCCAUCAUUAUCUUCAUAAAUGGUGGCGUUGGUGAUGAUGACAACAAUUACUGAUGAGGUUAUACAAGUUGAGCAUGCUCAGUCGGCAUGGAAUGCUGACCUGGGGUGGGGGCGAGAGCAGGGUGAUGGAGUGACAGGGAGAAUGAAAAAUCCAAGCCACUCUUCCUCUAGGUCCUGCAUCUCACAUUUGGGUCCCUCCUCCAGCUCACUCCAUUUCAACCCCAAUUCUUUUCUGCAACCACGUUCAUCUAUCUCAAAAUUUAGAUACUGCUUGAAUAAGUGGCUUACAAAAGCUGUGCAAAGCUGAGCAUUUAAAAGAAUUGAGAAGAAUUCUGCUGGAUCAGACUGAAGACCUAACUUCUUAGUCCAACAUCUUGCUUCCCACAGUGAUCAGCAAGAUACCUCCAGGAAGCCAAAAAGCACAGGGCAUGAAGGCAAUGGCCCUCUCUUGCUACUCAGUGGUAUACUGGCUCUGAACUUGGAGGUUCUAUCCUAGAAAGCAGCAAAGGGGCAAACACUCCUUCCCCCUCCAUUACUGGAUCUCUGUUGCUUCUUGGAGAAAAGACAUUUUUUUCACACACAAAAUGAUAACUGAAUCAAAGUGGAAAUUAAAACAAGGCUGGGACUUCUCUCAUGUACCCCAAACCAGCGUUAAGCAGGAUUGAUCUCUCAGCUGGUGCAUGGAGAAGUCAACCCUCCUCCCCCUACCUCUACAGGCCAACCUUGACAGGUGGGCACCAUCACCCACCUGUCAAUCAUCUGAUGUAAUUAAGGUGUCUGGUGAUUGACAAAUGAGCCCACCACCUGUCAUAGUUGGCCCAUGAGGUUGCCAGUGGUGGUGGGAGAUAGAGAUGGGAAACCUUUUUGGCCUUCUGGGCCAGAUCUUUGUUAUAUGGCAGUGGUUCCCCAUUAGCUAAGUACUGUGUACCCCCUGUUUUUCAAAAGCCAAGCCAUGGAAACCCUUCUUUUGAAAUAAUGGAUAUCUCUAGGGUAGUUUUUGUAAUGUGAAUUGUGCCACAGACCCCCUGGGUGGGUUACUCCCACGGGUCCUCAGGCCACCAGUUGGGAACCACUGUUAUAUGGCAUUUGCUUUUCCAUUUCAUUUGAUAAAACUGUCCUGUCAUUGCAAAGGCAGACAGGUCUUCUCUUUCUAAACUCCUGAUAGUCUAGAAAGCUAUGUGCUCUACAGGGAAGGGAAUGAACUUCCUUUUGUGGUGAGGUCACUUGGGUAAAGGGCAAAAAGGUUGCUGCUGCCUCCUAAGCAGGCAUUGCUUCCUAGUGCCUGGAUUUGCAGGAAUUCUGCAACUCCCGUGCUGAUGCACAGUUCUAUUUUAAACUGUCGUACCCUGAGUCAUGACAGUCUGGAGUAGUAUUGCUUCCCUUGCGUAUUGCUGUCUUUCCACGAUUUCAACAGGGAUCUUUCCUAUCUCCGGCUCUUUAGCUAGAGAUUGCAGGAAUUGAACCUGACUCUUCAUGUGUGGGAAGCUUCAGAUCUUCCAGAGAUGUGCCCCAUUCCACGCUCUGUUGCUGCAUUGCGAUGGUGAAGUGGAACCUCCAGGUUCAGAGGCAGUACAGUGCUAAAUAACAGUUCAUGAGCAAGAAAUGUGUGCAAUUGUCUUCAUGCCUUUAGUGUGGACUUCCCAGAAGGUACUGACUCUGCACUGUAGGAAAUGAGACGCAGUACCAGUUGGACCUUUGGACUGAUCCACAAGGGCUUGAUUUACCGUAUGUCACUGUAAGUCUUUUAAAAUGCAAGUCUUUAUACGCUCUAAAUCCCCAAGCGUUUUGUAAAACUCCAAAACCGUCAAUGAGAUUUCUGAUGCUGCUGUACUUACGUAGUUAAAUUUAUUUCAACAUUGGUUCUAGCCUAUCUGAAGAGAGGUGAGGUGGGAGGUUUUUUUUGGGGGGGUAUUUUUACAUUAAGACCUAACCGAAUAACAAAACUUAUUUCUCCAUGAGUUUUCUAGGUGGUUUAGAAAUGGAAAUUACUUUAGUUUUAAAACUUCAAGGCAAAUGAGAAUUAGAGAUGAAAGUGACCUAGAAAUCAAAAAAAUUAAUGCAUUGACAAAAUGGGUCCAGCAACAAAAUUUUGCAGCAUGGAGUGUUUCCGUUUAGGGUUACAACCAACCAUAUUCUUUACUGGGAGAGCUCUUUUAUUCCCCUUCCCUGGGUUUUGUGCAGUCCAGCAUUCUGUGUCCAUUGAGCAUGCUCAGUCCUUAUUGAGCUGUUUUGGAAAUCUUAGGGUUCUCAAAAGCCUGCUGAUAUUUCCUUUGGUGUGGAUGUGUGCAAUUUUGGCUACAUAAGACUCUACAUUCACAUAAUGAGUUUGCUAUUAGUAUACAGUGGUACCUUGGUUCUCAAACUUAAUCUGUUCUGGAAGUCUAUUCCAAAACCAAAGCAUUCCAAAACCUAAGCUGCACUUUCCCAUAGAAAGUAAUGCAAAAUGGAUUAAUCCGUUCCAGACUUUUAAAAACAACCCCUAAAACAAAAAUUUAACAUGAAUUUUACUAUCUAACGAGACCAUUGAUCCAUAAAAUGAAAGGAAUAAACAGUGUACUGUAGUCACACAAUCGAUCCAUCAGUAGCCGAACUGGGUUCCACACAGUCACAAAAACAAAACAAAAAGAGCUGCAAAAACAAAAACGCAAAAUAAAUAGCAAAAACAGACAGAUCUCAGCGUAACACUCAAAACGUGUGGCACUCAAAUUGGAAGCAUAACACUCAAAACGGAGCAUAUUCAACUUCCAAAAAAAGUUCGCAAACUUCUGGGUUUGCAGUGUUUGGGUUCCAAGUUGUUUGGGUACCAAGGUACCACUGUACAAUAUGCUAGCAGUGUUACUCAGGAAUUCUAAGAAACCAAAAAAUCAGUGCAAUUUUGAAAGGUUCAGUUUGCCAUCUUCAUUCUAAAUGGUGUCCAACUGUAUCCAAACAUAGGUGGAUCUCGUGAUCUCCUUGAUCUCGUGAACCAUCGUGCAAAAUACGUUUAUGAUAUCUUAAGAGGAGGCGUGCAAAUGCAUAACUUGUAACAUUUCUCCCCAAAUAUAUAGUAGAUUAUGUAGGAAAGUGCACAAAAUGCCGGCUUUCUGAUUUUAUUCUAGCUGGCCCUUAGCUCUGCUUCGGUGGGUGAGCAGUAUUUCCUGCUAAUUUUCCAGGCUCUUCCUGUGCCCAACAUAAACCAAGUAGCAGAAAAUGGAAACACGGCACUUCAUGCCGCAGUAAACACUGGAAAAAUGCAUCUCGUGUCUUCACUCUUGCAUUACCCUGGAAUUAACGUGAACGUCCCAAAUCCACAGUGUGAUGGGGCGACUGCGUUACAUCUUGCUAUUGCUUACGGUAAUGCUUCAAACCUUUUUUUUUAAAUAAGUUUUGAUUUUAAGGUAGUUCUGUCAUUUUUCAAGUGCAAGGAGGUAAUACAGGUGUUUUGCCCCUCUUUCUUAUGGCCAAAUUAGAGGAAACAGUGGAGAUUGUGGUCAGAUAGAAGCAGUCCAGUGUUGGGGGGAAAUUGAGAGUUGGAGGAGGUUUUUACAAUCCUUUCUUCCUAUGCAAGGGGUAGGGAAAUCUCAGGAUUGGGGACCAAGUCUCUCUGCCUGGGUAGAAAGCCUAGUUAGUGCUUCCCCAGCUUUGGGAAGGAGUUGGGAGGGCUCUAGGACCCCGCCAGAGCCCUCACGCCCCCUUACCUGCCUUUGGGAAGGCGGGGUUGGGGGUGGGUUUGGCCUUGCACAGGGUGUCAUAGUACCCAACUCCACCACCCUCUCAUUCCAGGCCACACCCCCUCCCUGGCCCUGCUUCAUGCCCUGAGAUUGCCUAGCUCAGGGUUCAGCAAACGUUUGCCCCACAAAUAACCCAGAGAUGCAUUUUAAAUAAAAGCACACAUUCUACUCAUGUAAAAACACCAGGCAGGCCCCACAAAUAACCCAGAGAUGCAUUUCAAAUAAAAGGACACAUUCUACUCAUGUAAAAACGUGCUGAUUCCUGGACCAUCCACAGGCCGGAUUUAGAAGGCGAUUGGGCUGGAUCCGGCCCCCGGGCCUUAAUUUGCCUACCCAUGGCCUAGCUGGAAUGUGCUCCUGAACUCUGACAAUGCAUCUUGCAUGUCUGGAUGGAGGUUAAGAGAGGGGGUGUUGGUAGAAACUAGCCAACUGCACAAAGGUAAACUUUACAUGUGUUGCUCUGCUUACUUUUGCAUCUGGCACCACCCACCACUGGCAUGUGGCCCUUGGAAGGUAGCCCAGAAGGGAAUGUGGCCCUCAGUUUGCAAAAGGUUCCUGCCCUGUGACAUUUUCUUGAUGAUAAAAUCAUUCCCACCCAUUUGCUCCCUAAAGGAAAGCAUAUGCAUGCCAUUAUCCAUAGGUCUUAAUGGGGCAUAUAACAGCUUUGGGCAGUGGUGCCAUCCUGGCACGGCUCUGGGCAAAUGUCUAGGGCCCCACUGAAUAACAGGAAGAUCCCCAAAUGCAGCCGUGCCGGCUUACCACAUUUUAAAAGUUAAGUUCUUGUUGUUAGCAUCCGUCUGUCUCGAGAGACAAUGGAGUGCACCUCUGGGGUUGAGACUGCAAUCCUAUAUACCUGUUUACCUGGGAGUGAGUCCCACUUGACUCAGUGGGCGUUUCUUUUCCGUAAGCAUCGGAUUGUGUUAUAAGUGAUGUAAUACACAUUAAUACACAGUGACUGCAUGCCUGGCAUCAGGGUGUGUGUGGAGAGGUCAGUUUCAUAAACCACAGUGCUAAAUAUGCUACAGAAUAGGGACACUGGGAACUCUACUCCAGCACUGCCAUCUUAGAGGAGCUCUCUUAUAAAAGUUUCUAUCUGCUCCCAGUGCUGGGUUCCUUUAUCAUUCAGGUGUAGGGGAGGGAGAAGUAGACUACACUGACAAUGUUAAGUAGAUCUCAAUAUACUUGUUGUCUGCCCUGUUUGACACGGAAAAUUGUUAUGCAUGCCGCAUACAAUACCAUACAUACCUGUCAGGUUGUUUGUUUGUUUGUUUUUAAAAUCCAGAACAUCUAGUCUUGUCCCUGCCCUGACCUUAAAGUCCCAACAGUUUCAAACCACAACAAAAUUUAAAGACAAAAAUAAAUCACAAGUAUUCUAAAAGGUGCAUUAAUAUUCCUAAAGGUCAUGUUAACAUAGAUAUCAUAAUUAAGAUGCUUCCUGUUUUCAUGUUUUAAGUCUGAAAGGUAAAUUUGAAAUAUUUCACUUGGUAAAUUCUAAUCCACAUAUCUGUUGCUAAGCUAGUUAGGAGAUGAUUAUGAAACUUGGCUAAAACAGAUAGAUAAAAUCAAAAGUCUUGGAAGCCCCGGAUUAAGUUCCUGAGAUCUGAGCAAUACAACAAAUCAUCAAGUUGAAAUCCUAGUGUUAAUGGGUUAUCUUCACAAACCUAUAAAAGUUGAUUUUAUAGCUUGGGAGGGCUUAGUUGCAGAGCAUACACAUUUGAAGCAGAAUGUUCCAAGUCCAUUGCCUAGUCUCUCCAAUUUAAAAAUGCACACCAGGUAGUGGGUGAUGGAGAAGACAUCUGUCUGGUACCCCAGAGUAAGAGUGGAGAGCCUCAAAACGUUGUGAGACUCCUAACUCCCAUCAGACUCAGCCAGCAAACAGGGAUAGUGGAAGUUACCAACACCUGAAGGGUCACUAGUUCCCCAUCCUUGUCCUAAAUUGUUGGAAUUUGUUGGCAACCCUUUCUCUCCGGAGACAAGGGAGGCGUGCACCUUUGGGGGUGAAGUUAAACUAUUGCAGAGCAUGAUAGAUAGAUAAACUGUUGAUAUUGCUCUGUGUGAGGCAGCUUUGGGUGGUUGUAGAAAAUAUAUUCUAUGCCAAAAUACAUUUACCUCAUUCUUUCUCUCUUUUAAAAUCUAUUUAGGGCACCUGGGAAUUUGCUAUUUGUUGCUGAAUGCCACCGCUGAUGUAGAAAGUCCCAUGGGAGGGUUGACACCUUUGCAACUUGCCGUGAUGUUUGGGAAUGAAACUAUAAUCGCCCUUAUCAAAAUGCACGUAAAGAAAUUUAAACUUGAAAAUAAAAUGUUUGCCUGA